AUGCCAGAUAUUAAUAAUGAAAUUGAUAUAAACACUUUAGAAAUAAAUGUAGAUGCUUUGGAAAUGAAUAUGAAUAAUUCAGAAGAUGUUGUAAACCAAUAUAUAUUACAAGUAUUACAAAUUCAAGAG